AGCAAGCUCAGGGAUGCCAUUGGCUGGCUGACCCACAGUCGGCUCUGAAUCAUUCAUUGAAAAUCUUGUGACUUUGUGACCACCAAGUGGACCGGGACCCGGGGCCCGCAAGCCCCACGCCGCCACUAACAGGAGGCGAAGAAAAGUUUUUUUCUCCGCUUUCCGGAGGGUGGUGAAUGUGCCCAUGGGCGAGUUUAGGGGAAAGAGGGACAGCCAGAGAAUCAUUAUUUGAGCGGAGGGAGGAGAAAAGAAAACGCAGAAAUUAAUUCUAGAAGUGUUUAAAGGAUCAAUCUAUCGGGAAAUACCUGAACCGGGAGUCGAAGGGGGCGGCCCAGGACGGAAGCUGGGGCGCGGAUGAUACCAACACGGGUUACAGGAAAGUAUGACCUAGAUCAGAACUAUGGUGCCAAGUCUCCUUGGCUGAUUCUCCACAUCUCUCUAGGUUUCCCGUCGCUGCCUCUCCGGGUGACACCUCUUGGAUGCUUAUGGAGCCAGUUGCGUCUCUGUGUUUUUCCCUGCCAGGCUUCCUUCUCUUCUUCCACUUCCUCAGCUCGUUUGCACCGGUCUCAGUCCAGUUUACUGUCCUGGGACCAGCUGAUCCAAUCCUGGCCAUGGUGGGAGAAGACGCCACGUUACGCUGCCACCUGUCACCUGAGAAAAACGCUGAGGACAUGGAGGUGCGGUGGUUCCGGACACAGUUUUCCCCUGCGGUGUUCGUGUACAAGGGCAGGCGGGAGAGAACAGAGGAGCAGAUGGAGGAAUACCGGGGAAGGACAACUUUUGUGAGCGAAGAUAUCAGCAAGGGGAGCGUGGGGCUGAUCAUACACAACGUCACCGCCCACGAAAACGGCAUCUACCGCUGUUAUUUUCAAGAAGGCAGAUCUUACGAUGAGGCCAUCGUGCUCCUGACAGUGGCAGGUCUGGGCUCAAAACCUGUUGUUGAAAUGAAGGGCCACGAGGAUGGAGGCAUCCGGCUGGAAUGUACAUCUGCAGGGUGGUACCCAAAGCCCCAUGCUGUGUGGAGGGACCCUCAUGGUGAGACCAUGCCCCCCCUGGAAGAGGCCUACACUGUGAGUGCAGAUGGGCUCUUCCUGGUCACCGUGGCUGUGAUCAUCAGGGACCAUUCGGUGAGGAACUUGUCCUGCUCUGUCAGGAACACCCUGCUCAACCAGGAGAAGGAAACUGUGAUUUUCAUUCCAGAAUCCUUUAUUCCCAGAACAUCUCCCUGGAUGGUGGCCCUGGGUGUCAUCCUGCCCUCUCUGCUUCUCCUCAUUGCUGGGAGCAUCUAUCUCAUCAAGAAACUCCAGCUGGAAAAAAAUAUUCUGUCCAUGCAAAAAGAGGCUGAAAAUGAAGAGAAAGAAAUUGCACAUAAGGAACUGGAGAAACAACGUGAGGAAAAAGAGAAAGAACUCCAAACAAAAGAGCAACUUCAAGAAGAAUUGCGAUGGAGAAGAAGCCUCUUACAUGCGGCUGAUGUGGUCCUGGACCCAGACACCUCUCAUCCCGAGCUCUUCCUGUCAGAGGACCGGAGAAGUGUGAGAAGGGGCCCUUCCAGGCAGAGCGUGCCUGACAACCCGGAGAGAUUUGAUUGCCGGCCUUGUGUCCUGGGCCUGGAGAGCUACUCCUCAGGGAGACAUUACUGGGAGGUAGAAGUCAAAAACGUGAUGGUGUGGGCUGUGGGGGUUUGUAGAGACAAUGUUGAGAGGAAAGGGGAGGCCCUCCUGGUUCCUCAGAACGGCUUCUGGACCCUGGAGAUGUUUGAGAACCAAUACCGCGCCCUCUCCUCCCCAGAGAAGAUUCUCCCCCUGAAAGAGCGCCUUCACCGGGUGGGCGUCUUCCUGGACUAUGAAGCUGGAGAUGUGUCCUUCUAUAACAUGAUGGACAGGUCACACAUCUACACAUGUCCACGUUCACCCUUCUCUGGGCCCCUGAGGCCCUUCUUCAGACUGGGUUCUGAUGACAGCGCCCUCUGUAUCUGUCCAUCGUUUAGAGGGGCCCAAGGGGUCACAGUGCCUGAGGGGGGCCUGGUCCUUCACAGGGCAGAGACCCACCACAACCGCCAAUUCCCUGGUCUCACAGCCAGGUAGGGAAACUCAGGCCACCUCUACCACAGCACCACCUGGAGGAAUACCACCCUCCUUCCUUCUGGUCACAGGAGACUCUCCCCCAGGGUUCCCCUAGACCUGUCUUCAAGCCCCAGAGCAUGUGUCUCCCUCAUUAGGCUAUUGCUUUAGUAGCUUGUUGCAUGUAACCAUGGGGCAGGGGCCAGUCUCAGGGAUGCUAAGUGCUGCCGCAUAGCUACCAACCAACAAGUAAGUGUGAGAAAGUGACAGGCAGAGAACCAGCUGCUUUAACAUUGGAUGACGCAUUCAGCCUGAGACUGGAAUUGACAUCAGGUAUUGUGGAUCUGGGGAUUCCCUAAUAGCUCAGUUGGUAAAGAAUCCACCUGCAAUCUGCUGGAGAAGGGGUAGGCUACCCACUCCAGUAUUCUUGGACUUCCCUUGUGGCUCAGCUGGUAAAGAAUCUACCCGCAAUGCGGGAGACCUGGGUUUGAUCCUGGGGUUGGGAAAAUCCCCUGGAGAAGGGAAAGGCUACCCACUCCAGUAUUCUGGCCUGGAGAAUUCCAUGGACUGUAACAUCCAUGGGGUCACAAAGAGUCAGACACGACUGAGCAACUUGCACUUUCACUUUCACUGUGGAUCUGGGGCGAGGACAACAGGACAUACUAGAUGUAAGAGGGGCAGGGAGCCAGGAAUGGAGGUCAGAGAUGGAGGAAGUAAGACAGAAGGUCCACCCCCAGGAUUUCCAGAGCACACAGUAAAGCUCCACAGGCCUAGAUUCAGGAUGAUCUAGGAUGAAGGAGGAUGAAGGACAAGAAUGCAUCUGGGCCUGGCCUGGCCUGGCCUGGCUCAGGUGUCCCUACAAUAAACAAGGCAUCAGUACUUUGUUAUUGGGUAUGGCCUAAGGUUUAAGGUCCCAGAUGAGCAGAUAAGCAUUGGACCAAGUGGGUCUCAAAGUUCAGGUUCAGUGAGUAGAGCAGUGCUUUCCAGCUUUUUGGCCUCAGGAUGCAUUUAGACACAUAAAAAAUUAUUGAGGACAGAAAAGUGCUUUUGCUCAUUUGGGUUAUAUCUAUCAAUAUAUGUGGCAUUAGAGAUUAAACUGAGAACUUUUUUAAUUUAUUUAUUAACAUAUUAAAAAAGGAUCAAGUCAAUUAUAGGUUAAAAAGAAAAAUAUGUUUCAGGAAUGAUCACUAUCUGUUGUUUCCCAUGUAAAAUAAAGUUUAUUGAGAAGUGUGGUAUUUUUUUAUGUUUUUGCAAAUCUAAUGUCUGGCUCCUAGAAGGUAGCUAGAUCCUCACCAUCUGCCUCUGUAUUCAAUGCUGGAAUCACAGGUCAUGGAGGCUCUAGAAAGCAUUAUCUACACUAGUGAGAGAAUGAGAGGAAAAAUGAUAAAUAAGAGCUUAGUAUUAUUAUUAUGGACCAGUAUUAACUUUGUAGACUCAAAAUGUAACAGAGAUGGCCCCCCCAAAAAAUCUGUAAAACAUCCUUUGAGAACCAGGAUAGAGGAUCCUGGAAUUGAGUCAGGCAUUUAAAAUUAUGACAUAAAUGGGAGUAUUUUGGACUUUAUGUAAUUCAGUCAUCCAAUUGUAAAACCUGGCUGAAAAUUUAAAAGAUACUUAUAAAGUUCAAAAUUGUAUUACUGCAGUUCCUACAGUAAACAAGGCGUCACGAUGGACACGUUCUAGAAAAGAAUCUGGAACAUUGAACUUGGUGAUUUGUUGAGAUGGAAAACUGGUUUAUUAAUGUGCGUGUGUUUUAUUUUUGGUACUAUUGACAUGAUAACAUUUGAGCAGUUUUAACUAAAAGCACCAGACUGCGAGUCAGGAAACAAGUGCUACUAAUACCUGCCUGUAUUAAUCUUAGAAAAGUUACAGCUUUUCAGUGUUUUGGCAUUCCAUAAAAUAAGACUUUGAGUGGGUUUGCAUAUCUUUUAGUAUAGUUUACAAAACACUUUUAUUCAUUCAGUAUCCUUGCUUUCUCAUAAGAAAUAUACUGAUCCCCAUUUCACAGUGAAACAGUGUUGUCUAGCAAGUUAAAGUGAUUUUUGUCAUUGUUUAAGGAAAAUAGAGUUUUCAUUCAUACUUUUAAAAAAAAUUGUCUCAUCUUUAAGGCACCUUCUAAACAUAAAAUUUAGAUGUUUUAAGUGUUUAUUGAAACUAAACAUGAACCCAAUGCUCUGCUAAUCACUGUACAAAAUAGCAUAGAGCUCAGCUCCCAGCUUCCUUUACUCAAUCUUUCAUUCAUAUAUUUACUUAUUCAUUCACUCUCAAGAAAUUUAUCACCUUUAAUGUAUUGACCAUGUGCAGUCUGUUGUGCCAUGAAGGAAAUAAAUAAACAGGAUCAUAUUAUAGAGAGGAAUGGGUGGGAGCUGAGGAGGGCUACUUUAGAUAGAAAAUUAGAUGGUAAAGUUAAGGAGGGCUUCCUGAAGGAAGUGAUGGGUCUUCUGAGACUUGAGGACUAAGAAAGAUUCCCAAGCGGCAGGAAUCUUGUGCCUACGGGCCCCAAAGCAGAAAUAAACUAACUAGUUAAAGAACAUAACCCCCUACUGCCAGAGCAAAGACUGAGAAUGGGACAAACAAGUAGAAAGGAACAACAGGAAAUAGGUAGAAAGCAGACAGACUAUCUGGGGCCUCAUAGCAAAGUGCUGAGAACCAAACUGAAGCAGAAUCUUACUGAAAAUCAAACCUCAAGUGAACAGAAAAUGUCUGGAGUCACCCGAGUGUUAUUAUUCCUCUUCCUAAAAGGAUUAUUAUUAUUAUUUUUUUUUUUGGCCACACUGCACAGCUUGCAAAGCACAGAGUCCUAACCACUGGACCAUCAGGAAGGUACCAGAUUACUCACUCUUAACAGCAUGGGGAAUUAAAUAUCCAGACUUUCCUUCUUCCUGGAUUUGGGGCCUGGCAGGGAGGUGGAGUAGAGUAUGGAGAAAAGGGGAAUGGCCCCCGGGGACUUUGCCCUUCCGUUGGGUGUCACGAGCUGAGCCCGGUAUAAUGAGCCCAGCACUCUCAGGGGCUGAGAGCCACAGUGUCUGCGGCUCCCAUCCGGACUCUUGGUUCUGACUGUGACUUGGAUUCAACCCCAAGAGGAGAUUCAACCCCCAAAUGUCGGGUGACUCCAGACAUCUGUUCAGAUUCAAAGAAUUCUGAAUCAAGACCUUCUAGUGGAAGUUUUUCAGAUUUUUGGCAUCUUAGUUUAAUUAAAGAGAAACUUUAAAAAAAAUUAAUAUUGAAGUAAUAGUUGAUUAACAAUGUUGUGAUAGUUUCAGCUGUACAGCAACGUAACUCAAUGAUACAUAUCAAAGAGAGAUUUUAAUCUUUUACCUCAGAUGGACUGGGAGUUAUCACCAGUGAUUACUGGGUAAUAGUUUCCUCAGUGGUUAAUCUUGUGCCCCUUUGAUCCUCGUGUGGAGGAGAGUGGGCUGGGCCAAGGAGGGAGGUGCGGUGGGGGGUUUGGAAGUUAGGUCUUCUUGGCACAUCCUGCCAUUAUUAGAAGUUUUCUCAGCUUAAGGGAAAGUGAAACUUACAUAUCCCUGGACUCAUGGAGAGCUUUCCUUAAUCACAUAACUAUUUACACAGGCUUGACAGGUAACAGCCAGGCACAUUGCUGCCAGGCUGGUUCACAGGAUCAUUCCUUUUUCUCCCCAGUCUCCCUGAUGCUUAGCUCUAAAUCAACCCUUUCAUACCAUAAAACACAAGGUAUGUAUAUAAUCAAGACUUUUUAAUUAUAGUUACUAUUAAUGAUCAAGCUUAGAAGACUUUGAUAUUAGAGACAUAAAUAAUCUGACACAGAUAAAGUAUAUGUACAAUUAUCAGUAAAUAAGCUAACAUUUAUAAUGCAAGCAGUCUCUUGGGACUAUGAAUCAGCACACAUGUAGCUUAUUCUUAUAUCCAUCUAACAAUCAUUGACUGUUGGCCAUGAGCCAAGCACUGUCUAGGCUUUGAUGAAAAUAACAGUAAUUAUGACAGGUGUCAUGCAUGGAGUAUUUCAACUAGGGAGCACACCCAUGCUUCGUGGCCGUACUUUCUACUGACCUUUCAUUAUGUAGCCUUGACUGAUUGAAUCAUGGACCACAUAAUGAUUGAACUCCUCUCCGGCCCCUCUCUCUUCCUGAGUCAAGCUGAACACAAAAAGUUCAAAUCCUCAAUCCCGUUGGCACAUGAUUGGCCUUUCUGUUUUGCUGACUCACCAUCUCAUUAGAAUAAACUCUCAGGUUCAGUCCAGUGAGCUCAGCAGGACUAACACAACACUCUUAAUACUUAGGAAAUUCCAAGGGUUUAGGUUAUUUCCCAGGAGAUUAGACAAAGGCCAGACCUCUUACUACACAGUUUGAAAAACAAUAUCAAGGGGAAAGGACUAGGGUGCAGUUGGAUUUGGGCUACUACCAGAAUAGAAAGAUCAGAGCAGCCAAAGGAUGGUAGGGAAAAUAGUGGACAGGCCAGAGAAAUAGGGAGAGCCAAUUCAGUAUGGACUCUUGAGGUAGCAAAAGGAGUUUGUGUUUUCUUCUAACUAUAAUUGGAAACUAUUAUUGUAAACAAGGAAGUAACAGAACAAUUUCUGUUAAUUCCCUGGUGGUCCAGUGAUUAGGUUUCUGCAUUUUCACUGCUGAAGAUGAGUUCAGUUCGAGGUGGGUAAAAUAAGAUCACUGCAGGGUGAGGCAAAAAAGAAAGAAAGAAAGAAAAGAAAGAAUUUCCUUUUAAAAGAGAAAAAUAGAAAAAUUUGAAGAUGUUAUACUAGUGAACUUGAUGUUAGAGAAAUGGGUAGCCUCCAGAAGCUAGUGCUGGGCACACUGCUCCAGAACAUAGCACCUUGGCAUAUAGAAUAUCUUAAGAUGAAGAAGUCUAAGAAAAUUGCAGGAGGAAGGCACCUGCCUCUCACCUUUUCUUCCCUGAAAGCAGAAAUAUAAAUUCCACAUAUGAAAGGUAACUUCCCUGUACCAGGUAGCAAGAAGAUGUCUUUAUCACCAAGGGGAAGGCUAUAUAAACAAACCUGUUAUUUCUUCACAAUUUACUUCACAAUUGACCCUUACCCUGAGCCCCUUUGUCUCAUCAAUUCCUCACUAUUGUUUCUUUGCCUAAAAUGGAUUGAAACUUCCUGCUCUGGCCACUUCUUCAGGUCUUUAAUCUCUUGUGAGAUCUCUCAAGUAACACAUGUAAACAUUCAAUAAAUUUGUAUGCUUUUCUCCUGUUAA